AUGCCCGGAUCAAGCACGGCGUCAUCCAGCCCGAUUCAGUCCAGCCCCCCGCCGAGAAUGCGGGCAAGUGCGAGGCCGGUCGAAAGACCAGAGGGACAUGGCACAAUCCAAUCUGGAAGCUACAGCAGCUAUGAAGGAGGCAGCUCCAGGGUGAGAGCCUUUCCUAUCCCCGGGUCAGAUCGUAAAAGACGAUUGACCAGUACCGGCGAGGAUGCGAGGUUGCAAUGGGGACAAUCUGGGGGCACGGCUGGACCGGCCCGAGACAAUGGGGGAUCCUCCAGGAGUACCUUGCCGCAUAGAUCUGUUUCGAUGGUACUGCCUUCGUCCCGGACUAGAACUUCUAUUUCUGCAACACCUGGCUCGUCAUCUGCAACAGCAAUUGAUAUCUCUUCCUCUCCCCCAGCGGCGCCUCGUUCUUCUACUUCUGGCGAACAACUGCCGGUUCUUUCUCGACGACAUAGUCAAACACCAUGGAUUAAUCAACCUCACUCCAUUAUAUCUGUUCGCAACGAUCCACGCCCACCGUUUAUGGAUAUGACUCUCCCGAAAUGGCAGGCAGAUUCGGAUGUGUCAGAAUGUCCGAUCUGUGGGAUAGUCUUCAGCUUUUGGCACAGAAAGCACCACUGUCGAAAGUGUGGGAGAGUCGUAUGUGCAUCGUGUUCCCCACAUCGGAUCACAAUUCCCAGACAGUAUAUUGUCCGACCUCCUGAAUUUGUUGACCUCCCCGAUUCUCCGCCAAUGCCUUCCUCCCGCCGUCCACCGGUGGUCGAUCUCACAGGCGACGGCCCUGUUCUAUCAUCACCAUCAACAGUAGCAACAACAACAACAGGACCAACGGCACUCAAUCCUGCUCUUGGCGGAGGCGAAGAAGUACGGCUUUGCAAUCCAUGUGUGCCAGAUCCAAACCCGAAUCCCCUUGGCUACAAUACCGUGCGGGCACACGGCCACCGAUCCACUCAUUCUCUUUCAUCCACUAUAGCCAACGCAUACCAUGCCUUACCAGGUCCGAGCCAUAAUCCCGAAGCUCGUCAGGAGCGACGGACCGUAGGUGCAAACGACCGACCACAGUUCCUGAACGAACUGAGCUCGCAAGCCCGCCAAGUUCCCUCGGCCACCGGCUUAGCCCGACCACGUCGUUCAUUUUCUAGCCGCGACGGUAACCCACCCCAUGGAGCUGCGCUGGAUGAGGGUGAAUUCUGCCCCGUAUGCCGACGUCAAUUUCUCCCACUGAGUCCCGAGCAGCCUCUCGAGGCGCGCCAAGCUCACACCCGGGCGUGCAUCGAGGGCUAUUUGAGCCCGACUGCUCCGCCCCGGACAUUAUCCGCGCAACAGAGUCCUCCGCUGCCCCGCCCUCCGCCGCCAGCCCGCAUGCUUCCAUUUGUGGCCACAGAGAAGGAUUGCCUUGGUGAAGAUGGCCAGGCAGCGGAGUGCACGAUUUGUAUGGAGGACUACGAGGUUGGGCAGGCCCUGGCCCGCCUUGAGUGCCUGUGCAAGUUCCACAAGCACUGCAUUGUUGAUUGGUUUGAGAGGAAGAUGGAGUGCCCUGUCCACAAGCUUUCCGAAUAA